AUGCCAAGGAUUAGAAAUGACCUGAAUCUCAAUGUUUGUCCGGACUACACAUCGGAUGUAUUUGCCAACAUCCGCGCUCAGCUAGUCAAUGAAAACACGACGGAGGCUCAAGCAAUGCAAUUGCUUCGGAAUAUCUGGGAGGCGAACAAUGACGCCGUCAAGGUACUCUGGCAACAACAAGUAGACGAGGACAGGGAACGCCAAGAGCAACGCCAAAGGCUAGAUGAAGAUGAGCAGGAGAGACUUGACCAAGUAAGGGUUGAAGAGGAAGAAGCAGCACGCAAGGAGGAGAGGAAGAAGAAUAAGCAUAAAUUCAUUCCGAUACUUCAGACUGGGAUUCCAGAUGAACCGGCAAUCACGCCCUGCUCCUACGCCCUAAAGAAGCUGGACAAAGGCGACCAGUGUAAAAAGACCAUUGACGACGAUGCCAUGAUCCUUUCAACCCUGGCAGAUGGCUCUACGGCCUGGGUCUCAUUGGCAUCCAUGCGCAGUGCUCGCUCGGUGGUCAAUGAUGAAAACUUACUGUUUGAAGAAUUUUGUCAAGCUUGUCCCCGUUUUCUGACCGCGAUCAAAGAGGCCGAAUGGCCUGAGGACAGAGUCUGGAUGAUGGCUCGCUUCUGGAUGAACAUCCAAGUUCACAAGUUUCGUUCGCUCAGAGACCCCAUUGUGCAAAAGACGCUCUUAGUAUACCAAGCAGAGCAGUGA